AGCAGUCAAUGGAAUAUAUGUGCUACCUUCUAUUGUAAUAAACAGUUAAUAUUGUUUAAGCUUCAAAGAACCUGGCGUAUCCACGAUUUUAGUUCUCUUUCAAUCUAUUUGUAUAAAUUAAACAAAUUAAUUAAUUAUUAACUGAAUUUUACUUAAUCUGAUCUUUGUAGUUUACUAUGUACAUUAUUUUUUGUUUUAUGAAAGUGUUAUUCCAUUGAAUAGUGAUUAAAAUAAUCGUUUUUGGUGUGACACUGGUGUAUAAAUUAUGCAGUAUACAUUUAAAAGUUGUCUACAUAUACGCACAUGAUAAAAGUAAUAUAAAAACGUGGCAAUUAUUAUAAUAUAUAAUAUUAAUUGAAACCAUAUGCAGCUUAUUGUGUAAAUAUUUGAAAACCAUUUUUGCGUUAAAUAAAAAAUGGUUUCAUACUACAAUCCAAUGACUUAUUCUCAGAAACAUAAUUCGACAACUUUGAAUUAUCCUCCUGCACAACCAUGGCAAUGGACAGCAAACUAUCCUACAUCAGCAAAUCAUCAAUUACUGAACGAAAUGGAAUCAUCACAUAAUCACCAUCAAGUAUACUAUAAUACACAUCAUAUGUUUCAUCCAACAGGUAGUUCUACCACAGAAUGGCAUUCCCCAUUAUCGGCAACUGACAACUUAUUACAAAGUACAAAUGUGCAACAAAUUAUCAAUGAGUCAAAUGAUGGCACUGCCAUAGGUAACAGUGCAAGUUCUUGUCGAAGCACUAAUUCUAGUGGUCCAUCUACGAUUGAGCUUGCAGCAAUAAAUGAAUCUAGGCGAAGUAUUAAUGAUCAUCACAUCGCCGACGGGGUACCAUCUCCAUCUUUAGUGACGUCGGGGAGUAAUGCCUCAAGUCCUGAAGUUUCCUUAUCGACAUCAUCAGUUCAAAAUCCUUCAAAUAAUGCUGUGACUGGGAUAGUAAAUUCCGCCUAUAAUAACCACACAUCUCCCGUAAAGACACAGUACUACGAAUGGAUGAAAAAACCUUCGUAUCCCACUCAACCGGCUCCUGGAAAAACUCGCACAAAGGAUAAAUAUAGAGUGGUAUAUAACGAUUUUCAGCGAUUAGAGCUUGAAAAGGAAUAUUGCACAUCACGAUACAUAACUAUACGACGUAAAACUGAGCUGGCUCAAAUUCUUUCUCUAUCUGAAAGGCAAGUGAAGAUUUGGUUUCAAAACAGAAGAGCUAAAGAACGAAAACAAAAUAAAAAAAAUGCAGAUACGUCUUCAUUGGCUGGUGCUGCUUCUCAAUGUGACCACCCGAAUUCAAUCGCUCCAAAACCUAAAAUAGAACCUGGUCUUCACCUCCAACACACUUUACAUUCAAUGACGACUAUAAAUAUGCCAACAAUGGGAUUGCAUCGCAUAAGUCAUCAUCAUCCAUUCGCAGUAGCGACCCAUCCAUCACAUCCUGUACAUUCACAACAUGCAUCAUUGUCAGCAGCUGUAGCAAGUGUAACAUCAAUGCCUCUUUGACAAUACUGCACUCACAUUUUGAAAUAGUCAACUUAUUAUAAUAAUAUAAUUGCAAACAUACAAUCAGAUUUUUGUAAUAACUUAUGGUGUUAAGCCACCGAAAACAAUAAAUUAAAAAUAAAGGCCUAAUUUUAAAAGAA